AUUAUGGCGACGGCUGAUACGGAUGUGGAAUAUGCUUUUAGAGAACCAUCCAUAUUAUUGCUUACGGCGUCACAAAAUAACGUUAAUAAGUAUGAUGUCCUUCAAGUGAUACGAUCAGUUGUUCGAAGGCAGCAAGUCCUUCUCUCACAUGACGAUGAGUACGAGAACUUCUUUGCAUCCUUCUCCGCACUGUCGGCUCACUUCAUCAUCACAAACUCUUUUCAUAUACCUAAAAGCCAGAUUGGCUGUGCAGCUCAGGCAUGCAAAGUUCUUCUGCAAUACUUUUUACACAAACUGCAACACAUAACGGAUCAGUGUUGUAUUUCACAAAAACAGAUAGUGUCAAUCAUCUAUGGACUAUGUGGUGACUCUGAAUCUCAGGUUCUUUCACGAUCAGAAGUGCCUGUCCUCACAUUAGUUUUGAAGGCCAUCAAAGAUCCUCCUGCAUUUGCAAUUAGGAGUAAUGAAUUCCAAGCUUCAGAGAUGGGUGCAGAAUGA